AUGGAUCUGCCAGAAAAUGAGCUACGAGGAUACAUUGAGGAUAAUGGCAAACCAAUGUGGACAGCACAUAACAAUCACAACAUAAGGUAUUUCAAAGAAGAAGAUAUAAGAAUGAUCACUAACAACUAUGAAACUCUCCUUGGGAAAGGGGCAUUUGGAGAAGUUUAUAAAGGGGUUCUUGAUGAUAACAUUUCAGUUGCUGUAAAAAGGUACAUCCACAAUGUAAAGGAGAACUUUGCCAAAGAAAUGAUUGUCCAUUGCCAAAUCAAUCACAGGAAUGUAGUUAGACUCAUUGGUUGCUGUAUAAGUGAAAAUGCACUAAUGAUGGUGACUGAAUAUAUCUCCAAAGGAAACCUCAGUGAUAUUCUUCACUGCAGUGAAAUUUCCAUAUCUUUAGAAACACGAUUGGAUAUUGCUAUAGGGUGUGCAGAAGCAUUAAGCUAUAUGCAUUCAGAAAUGUAUGGCCAAGUCAUCCAUGGAGACAUUAAGCCGGACAACAUACUUCUCGAUGAAAGCCUCAAUGCAAAAAUAUCAGACUUUGGGUUAUCAAAGUUACUUUCGACGGAUAAUACCUUAUACACCACGCAUGUACUGGGGAGUAUAGGGUAUAUGGAUCCAUUGUUUGCACAAAGCGGACGUCUCACCUCGAAGAGUGAUGUUUAUAGUUUUGGAGUUGUUCUCUUGGAACUGAUUACUAGAAGAAAGGCUGUCGUUGAUGGUAAAAUUAGCCUUAUUGAAAACUUUACUCAAGCUCUAGUAAAACGAAAGAAGAUACGAGACUUGUAUGAUGUAAAGGUUACAAAUGAGAACAAUUUGAGGAUUCUUGAUGGAAUUGGGAAACUAGCAACAAAAUGCUUAGCAAUGGACCUAGAGAAACGUCCAGAAAUGAAAGAUGUUGCAGAACGCCUUCGAAUGAUUAGAAAAGCUCAAUAUCAGUCACAAGAAAAAGUACUAUUGUUUGGCUGGGUACGGAGAAGCAAACAACCACCCCAAAAUAUGGUUCCUGCUGACAAACACUUCCAUCAAAAUCAAGUUCUCAAAGCAGAGGUACAAGCACAGAAAGAAAGUGAGGUAGAUAGAGAUGUGUAUGAUGUUACAGUAGUGAGUGAAGGGAGUGAAAGACUUUACAGCUUUGGUUCAUCCCAAGGGAUAGAAUUACAAAAGCUGUUGAAGGCAUCUGCUGAGGUUCUUUGGAAAGACAAAUAUGCAACGACAUACAAGGCUGUACUGGAUGAUGGUUUCACGUUAACUAUAAAGAGACUGAAGAGUGUAGAUUUGCCAGAUGUGCCAGAGGCGGUGUUCAAGGAACGAAUAGCAGCAAUUGGAACAAUUGAGCAUGAGCUUGUAGUCCCACUACGUCAAUACUACUACAGCAAGGAUGAGAGGCUACUGGUGUAUGAUUAUUUUCCCAAUGGUAGCCUAGCUUCAAAUCUUCAUGGUAAUAUACUGUUCAUGAGAAAAAAUGUGGCGCCUGUAGGCUGGGAGACUCGAUCAGCCAUUGCACUCUCUGUAGCUCGUGCUGUUGCCUACAUCCACUCAAUCAAUGCUGCUACUGCGUCCCAUGGCAACCUCAACUCCUUCAACAUUCUUCUUACAGGGAGCUAUGAGGCACGUGUCUCAGAACACGGCCUCAAAACUCUUGUCAGUGCCCCAACACUAGUUAUCGACAACAACAUUACACAAAAGGAUGAUGUGUACAGCUUUGGUGUCAUACUGCUUGAGAUGCUCACAGGCAAGUCACCAAUCCUCACAGAUGAGCCAGAUUUGCUCGAUUGGAUUUUAUCAAUCCCCCGUGAGCAUUGGGUAGCGCAAGCAUUCGAUAAGAAGCUCCUUACAGAAAACACUGUUGUAGAGGAGCUGGUUCAGUUUCUCAAACUUGCAAUUCAUUGCUGUGACAAGAACCUCACAUUGAGACCAGCAAUGUCAGAUGUUACUCAACAGAUUGAGGGAAUAAAAUAUUUCUACAACUGGGGAUACACUUCUACGAAAACGAUGUUCAGAGCCGGCCCCAUUUUUUUACAAGGGCCGCUCUAUCAAGAAUCGUCUCUACAAGUAGUUUCAGAGAUGGCCCAAGAUUCUCUAGAAGAAAUCGAUUUCUGGACUCAGUUGCCUGCUUGUAGAAUCUGUUGA